GAGGGAUCCUCUACUUGUAAGGAGCUUGGAUGGCUGCUCUGGAUGAGAGCUGUGAGGGACACGCAGAUGCUCCAGUGAUGGGGAGGGAUCAUCACCAGGGAGGAUCAUCUUACAGUGAUAAACGACAGAGACAGUGAAGGUACAGAGGAUGAGGAAGUGAGUGUCAGUCUCCACAGAUCUGGGCUCAGUGACACACACACGUAUGGAUCCUCUGAUGCUCCUGUUUCUUCUCAUUGCUGGGCUCACAGGUGCUGACAGUGUGUACACGCUGACAAAAGUGUCUGUACAGAUUGGAGAAUCUGUCACCAUUCCGUGCUUCUAUGGAGACGGAUACAAAACACAUCUGAAAUCCUGGUGCAGAGGGAUAGCAUGGAGUGCAUGUACUCCUAUAGUAUACACUGACUCUCCACAGGAGGCUAAAGUGUCAGUCAGAGAUGAUCCUGACCAGCAAGUCUUCACUGUGACCUUCAACAAUCUGACAGCUGGGGACUCUGAUUGGUACUGGUGUAAAGCAGAGAUCAGUGAAGGUUCAGUUGCUGGAAUUCAGGCUUACCUGUCAGUCACUGAUGGCUCCCCAGAGCUGUCAGUGGACAAACAGGAGGUGAAGGUUGUGGAAGGAGACAAUGUCAGUGUUCAGUGUCGCUAUACAAAGAGGUACAGUAAGCUGAAGUGGUGUAAGGGUGGAGGCUCCUGUGUAGCAGUGACUUCUCGGAGUUUGGAUGGGAGGCCUGUCCUGAUCAGGCAUGACAGAGUAAAUAAAGUCUUCAAUGUGACAAUGAAGGGACUGGAGAGGAAGGACGCAGGCUGGUACUGGUGUACUCCUGGAAUCUGGCAGAUCCCAGUUCAUAUUACUGUCAGUCAGACAGCUACAACCACAACCAUCACUGAUCAAGGAGAGAGUAAUGAUAAACUGAGCUCUUUGGUCCAGCUGGCUCUGUAUGUAGGACUGGGCUCAUUGGUGCUGCUGUUGAUUAUCAUCAUCAUCACAUGGAAAGUGUGGGACAAACACAAGAAGAAAAUUGCCAGGAACCAACAUCCAGGAAGCAGAGAAUUAAGAGCCUCUGAAGAGCCUGGUGCUGAUGUCUCCAACAGCUCCAUUGUCCUGCGAGACCCAGAGCAGGUGUCCUCUAGAUGUUCUUCACACCGUCCUGCUGUAACCCCAGCCAGUGAUGUGGUCACAGCUCAGUCUCCCUGAAGCACAGAGAGUAGGGGGCAGCGACACAGAGAGGCUCCUCUACAUGUGGGGAGCUGCUGCUCAGGAUGAGAGCUGUGAGGGACACACAGAUACUCCAGUGAUGGGGAGGGAUCAUCACCAGGGAGGAGCAUCUUACAGUGAUGUGAGCUGUAUUUACAUGGCAUGCAGCACUGUCACAUUACAGUGUGACAGUAAGAAUCAGCCAGUGAGAAACAGACAUUCAUGGCUGUUGUGCAUUUUACUAUGAUCAAGGUGCUAUUUGUCUCACUUGUAAGUCACUUUGGACAAAAGCAUCUGCUAAAUAACAUAAAUGUAAAUGUGAGGCAUUAUACUGGUGGUCAGUGAAAUGUUACUUUUCAUUCAUAUAAAAGGCAAAAAUAUCAUUAGCUGUCCUGUUUGAUUUGUAUAAUAUAAAAUGUCUGCUAUCACAA